ACUCACCGAUCGAUUCAAAUCUAAAGACUCUUUUGCUUUAUCAUGCUGUAGAUCUUGUUUUCUUGUUCCAACAUUGAACAUUCCAAAGGAAAUUAAAAGGAAAAAGGUUCUGAAACUGGUUAUGAUGGAAUCAAUCGAAGAAGACCAUUGACUCAACUAAAAUCAAAGCAGAAUCCAAGACUACCAUCUUCUGCACUUUCCCGUUUCCACCAUCCAAACUCAUCACUCUUCUUUUCUAUCUUUAAUUAUGUGUGUUGGAUGAUGAACAAGAAAGCACCCAAUGCCCAGUAAUCUAGUCUUUUCUGGUGGAAUAAACAAACAAAAAGCGAUCACCUAACGUCGUCUUUUUCAUUUCUCUCUUCUACGAAAACAAGGGCUCCCUAGACCCAUACGUUGUUUGCUCUGCCAUGAUUCUUGUUUUCCUGUUCCAAGGCUCUUCCUUUGCAAGCUAGCUCCCAAUAUUGAUCAUUCUAGAGGAAAUCCAAAGCCAAAGUCUUUUCUGGUACUGAAACCGCGUGGAAUAAACCAAAGCAAAGAAGAACCAUCACUUAAAUCAAAACUCAAUCUAAGACCCAUCUCUAUUCAUUUCCCUGUUCCACUCCAGAUUCAUCAAAAGGGAUUUGGCAUAUGACAUGGAGGACAUGCUUGAAGAGGUCGAGAUUGAUGCCAAGAGGUCUGAGCUGACUGCAAAAGCCCAAGCCAGCACAAGUAAGCCACGGCAAUUGACCUACCCCAAAUUGUUUAAUAAGGUUCCAAGGUUCAUGGCUGAUCGAGAUCGAGAGAUGGCUUCCAGAGUGAAGGAUAUAACUGCUAGAUUGCAAAAUAUUGAGGCCAACAUAAGGAAGUUGGGCCUGAUCAAUUCGACUAUGAGAACUGGAGAUAAGUUUCACAAAUUAGCUGCAGAAAGAUUGCCCACUACUCCUUCACCUGAACAUCAUAUCUGUGGUAGGGAAAAUGAAAAAGAGGCUAUUCUUAAGUUGUUGCUCACUGAUGAAAGCAAAGAUGAGCCAUACUCUGUUAUUCCCAUUGUUGGAAUGGGAGGAUUGGGCAAGACCACUCUUGCUCGGCUUGUUUAUAAUGAUGAAAAAUUGAAGAGUAUGUUUGGAUUAAAAGCAUGGGUUUGUAUUUCUGAGCAAUUUGAUGUUUUACGAAUAACAAGAUCCAUUUUGGAGCAAGUAACUAGGCAAAAGUGUGACUUGGAAGAUCUUUCUUCACUUCAAGACAGAUUGAAGGAGAAGUUCUCUGGCCAAAAGUUCUUUCUUGUACUAGAUGACAUUUGGAAUAAAAAAUAUGGCUUGUGGGAUGAGUUGCGGAAGCCUUUUUUGUCAGGAGCAUUUGGAAGUAAAAUAAUCAUCACAACUCGAGAUGAAGAUAUUGGGAAGAUGAUGACGGGAAAUGAUAAAGUUUACAGUUUAGAAUUGCUAGAGAAUGAUGCAUGUUUAUCAUUAUUUGCUUGUCAUGCACUGGGGGCAGAAAACUUUGAUGCAUACCCAAAUCUCAAAGGAGUAGGUGAGAAAAUUGUUGAAAAGUGUAAAAGGUUGCCAUUGGCUAUAAAAAGCCUUAGUGGCCUCUUGCGUGGUAAGCCACAUCUUCAUGAGUGGGAAUACAUAUUGAAUAGUAAGAUAUGGGAUUUGCCAGAAGACAACAGUGACAUUCUUCCAGCUUUGAGAUUGAGCUAUAACCACCUUCCUUCUCAUUUGAAGAGAUGCUUUGGCUAUUGUUCUAUAUUUCCUAAAGAUUAUGAAUUUGAUGAGGGUGAGUUGGUUUUGCUAUGGAUGGCCGAAGGACUUUUGCAACAACAACCACAGAGAAUGAAGCAAACAAAAGACCUUGGGCAUUGCCACUUUCAUGAUUUAUUGUCGAGGGCUUUUUUUCAACGAUCCAGCAGAGAUGAGUCAUUGUUUGUGAUGCAUGACCUCAUGGCUGAUUUAGCCAUUCAUGUCGCUGGAGAAACAUGUUGCACCCUUGAAUUAGAUGGAAAAAUAUCAAAUGUGAGCUUUCAAAAAGCCCGUCAUUUGUCAUUAUUUCCUUGUACAUUUAUGGUGUCAAAAAGAUUUGAAUUCCUGAAAGAAAAAAGGAAUUUACGUACAUUCCUGCAGCUGAGGAAUUCUCACUCACUGUAUUGGCCUUGGUAUUACUUAUCCAACAUAGUCUUGCAAGAUUUGAUGAAAAAUCUCAAAUGUUUAAGGGUGUUGUCUCUUCAGAAUUAUCAAAUAACAAAGCUCUCUGAUCAGAUUGGAGACUUGAAGCAUGUGCGAUACAUUAAUUUGUCUUGUACAAACAUUGAAAGUCUUCCUGAGUCAGUGGGUUAUCUUCUUUACCUACAAACAUUGUUGUUAAGGAACUGCCAAAGGGUUUCCAAGUUGCCUACCACCAUUGGAAAUUUACUUGAUCUCCAACAUCUUGAUAUAGCUGGGACAUCAUCUUUAAAAGAGAUCCCAUCAGAAAUCAGCAAGUUGACAAGUCUUGUGACAUUGUCAAAAUUUAUUGUUGAAAAUGCUAAAGGACCAAAACUACAGGACUUGAAGAACUUGUCAUGUCUUCGAGGCCAGCUUUCCAUUUUGGAUUUACAAAAUGUUGCAGAUGCUAAUGACGCAAAGGAGGCCAAUAUGUCUGAGAUUCAGGGAUUGGAUGACUUAUCCUUGGAAUGGUGUUAUGAUAACCAUGACGGGCGAAAUCAAAGCAUUGAAAUGCAGGUCCUCAGAUGGUUAAAACCUCAUCAAGGUUUGAAACGAUUGAGAAUCAAUUGUUUUGGCGGAUUGGAAUUCCCAUCUUGGAUAGGUGAUCCAUCAUUUUCCAACUUAGAGUACUUGGAGCUACGCAAUUGUAAAAGCACUUCAUUACUAUCACUUGGGCAACUACCCCAGCUCAAAGAAUUGAUCAUCACAGGCAUGGAUGCAUUAAAAAAUAUGAUGCUUGAGUUUGACGGAGACAAUUCGUCUUCAACUUCAACUUUUCUAGCAUUGGAGAAAUUGAGGUACUCCCCACUUAGUCUUCCAUCACUUGAAGAAUUGCAUAUGGAAGAAUGUAGUGAGGUAGUAUUGAGGAGUAUGGUCAAUCUCACCUCCCUCAAAACAUUGAGUAUAAAAAAAAUUUCUAAAUUAACUUGCCUACCCAAGAGUUUUGUUGAGUCCAUGAUAGCUCUCAAGGAUAUAAGGAUUGUGUCUUGCACUGAACUUACUUGUUUGUGGGAAGAGGGAGUCAAUAUCCUAAACCUUGCAUGUGUUGAGAAGAUAGAAGUCAAUGAGUGUGAAGCGCUGGAUUCCUUGCCUGGUGAGAUAAUGAUGUUGCUGCGACUUGAAGAAUUAUCUAUUGCUCAAUGUCCUACUUUCCGAAUGUUUCCAAGAGGCAAGUUACCCACCACACUUAAAGUUCUGGGAAUUUGGGGAUGUGAAAAGCUAGAGUCUCUACCAGAAGGAAUAUUGAUAAAUAAUGGUGAUGCAUAUCAAGUGUCGCAACUUGAAGUAUUAAAUAUUUACAGGUGUCCUUGUCUGAAAUCUUUUCCAAGUGGUCAGUUACCCAAUUCUUUUAAACGGCUUUAUAUCCAAAAUUGCAAGCAACUGAAGUCUCCCCCUCAAAGGAUGCUGCAGUAUUGUACGGAACUUGAAAGGAUAAGUAUUUUGGGAGGUGAUAUGAAAAGUUUAUGUUUUGAGGACAUGCGUGGGCCCACUUCUUUAUCGAUAGGCAAUUGUGAUGGUUUGGAGUCGUUUUCCCUAUCCACCUCCAAUCUUAAAGAUUUAUACAUAUCAAAUUGCAGGAAUCUCAAGUCUUUGCCUAACAAGAUGCACGACCUCACAUCUCUCAAUACAUUAUAUAUAAGUAAUUGUCCAGGGAUCAAGUGCAUUUCAGACAGUGGUUUGCCUCCAAACUUAACAUGGCUCCAAAUUGAUGGGUGUAUAGGGAUUGAGUCCAUUCCAGGUGGUGGUUUGUUUCCAAACCUAACGUCUCUUGAAAUUGUCGACUGUCAAGGGAUUGAGUCCAUUCCAGACCGUGGUUUUCCCCCAAACGUUAGAAGUCUUACAAUUGAUUGCAAGAAUCUGAAGAAGCCGAUGCAAGAAUGGGGCCUUAGCAGCCUCACCUCUCUUCUAUUCUUGACGAUUUAUUGGAUAUGUCCUGAUCCUGAUGUGCUUCCCACUUCUCUAACCAGUCUUGUGGUAGGUAAGGUUGAAAAUAUGAAAUCCAUAGCUAGAGGGCUCCUUCAAAACCUCAACUCUCUUCAACAUUUAACAAUCAAGGAUUGCCCAAAGCUGCAGUCAUUGCCAAAGGAAGGCCUGCCUACCUCCCUUCAACAAUUAAGUAUUUGGAGAUGCCCCAACUUGCAGUCCUUGCCUCAAGAAGGCUUGCCUCCCUGGCUUGAACAACUCUGGAUUGGAAAUUGCCCGUUGCUAAAACGACGAUGCUUGGAGGAGAAAGGAGACUAUUGGCCCCUCAUAGCUCACAUCCCCCGCAUUGAAGUUCGGGAUGAUGAAAGCCACACAAGUUCAGAGACAAAACAAAAGCUUUGUUUAUGCUUCAAAACAGGAUGACAAUCAAAUGAAUUCAAAUCUAAAUAAAAGCCCAAAGCACUAGACGGAGGAGAUCUCUGUAUUUCUGAAGCUUAACAUUUAUGUCAGCUGAAUAAAUGUUGGUUUUCUGGAGAUUGGAAAGUUGCAAUCCUUGUAUUCUGUGAAGACUCGUUGACUACUCUAUAUAAAUAACUGCUUAGUAUAAGAGUCAACAACAUAUCAACCCUUUCAGUUCAUCUUUUGCAUGCAGUGCCCAGAUCAUCAUUUCAAGAAAGGCAUCAUAAAAGAAGGGCCAUGGAGAAGCCUAAGUGGAUUCAAUCAUAAAUAGGUUGGUGCUUGAGAAAGAAGGUUCAUUUGCUGGAAGAAGAUUAACAGGAGGGGUUCCUGAAUAUAAAUGUUAGAAUCUUUUAUGGACAUUGUAUGGUUUGAGUAACAGGAUUUUGUCCAAUCUGAUAUACUUGAAGUGGCUCUUGACAUGAGAAAGCAGUUUGAUGCAGUGUCUUUUAGACUUUAUCACAUUAACACAUUCCAACCAUGCCUUGUGAAGAUAAGGGAUGGUUAUUGAAAGAGAAAUCCAUGCAAAUUCUAAUGCUCCAAUCCGGAUUUCAAGAAGAGGCAUCAUAGAAGAAGGGUUAUGCUGAAGCCUUUAGUAGAUUUGAUUAUGAAAAGGUUGGUGCCUCCAUGAAAGGAGGCAACAGAGUACGACAUUCUAAGGGGAUCUUUCUACAAUCUGGAAGAGGAAAAAGUUAUAAUUUGUGGAGAUAUUGCCAAGCUUGCAGCAAAGUUGUGCUUGAAAUGCAAAUAACAAAAUCAAUACAAAUCAGUCUUGUAGACAUGUUGUAUGAUUUCUCUCUUUAGAUUUUUGAGAACUUGUUUUUCGUGGUUUAGGCUAAGAAUCGAUAUGAAAAUAUUGACAUCUGACAAGCUUGUAAUCCUAUUUUUUCUGGCUCAGAGCAUGCUCUUCUGCAAAAGUUUCUUCUUGCUAGAAGGAAGAAUUAUUGUGCAUUUCAAAUUUUCAAGUUUCUUUCUACAAGGCUGAGUUAGUUAAAAAAAGAAAUUGGAAGGGCAUAUAGAACAGCACAUUCGAAUGGGAUUUUUCUUGAAACUGGAAGUGGGAAGGUUAUAAUCUGCUGUGAUAUUAUCAAGCUUGUAACUAGAUUGUGCUUCAAAUGCAAAUAACAAAAGUAAUACAGUUUAGUCCACUAGAUACCUUAGUAUCAGAGGGGUACCUUUUGUUGAGAAGCUUGAGCUUCCUUAAAAUGAAAAAAGUUUGAUUGCUGCAGAUUAGAAAGUUGUUAUUCCAGGCUCCCAACAUUUUGUGAUUUGACCAGCGCGUCCUCUGUACGAAAUUUUCCUCUUGGAGAGAGUAACUCAAUUUUCUCCUACAUUCGCUUGUGACCUUAUGACCUCUGCUUUUAUGCUUUGGAAGAGACAAAGAUUAGUUGAUCUGCCAUUUCAUUUUUGUAUUCUGAGUUUGGCAGUUGCACAUUGUAUUUAAGU